UAUUUUCUGUCUUGUCCACAGUACCACGAUGCCCCUGAGCGCGUUUCUAAUCGUGUGUGGGCUAGCCACGGUGCACUGCUGGGGCGGACUCUUUAACCGCUUCAGCUCCGACAUGUUGGCCAACUUGGGGUACGGACGCGGGCCGUACCGCCACUACGCCUAUGGCCAGGACGUGCCCCCAGAGGAGGCCUACGCCGAGGCCCUCGAGGGUAACCGCAUUGACGACGUUCUGGAUGAGCCGGCGCACUGCUACAGCGCGCCGUGCUCCACCAACGGCGAGUGCUGCCGAGGCCUCAUGUGUCUCGAGACAGAGGACGGCGGGCGCUGCCUCCCCGCAUUCGCCGGUCGAAAGCUCGGCGAGAUCUGCAAUCGCGAGAACCAGUGCGAGGCGGGGUUAUUGUGCGAGGAGGUCGUCCCAGGAGAAAUGCACGUCUGCCGUCCACCAACAUCAGGCCGCAAGCAAUAUAACGAGGAUUGCAACGCGUCAAGCGAGUGCGACAUCACACGGGGACUGUGCUGCGUGAUGCAACGGCGACACCGUCAGAAGGCACGCAAGAGUUGCGGCUACUUCAAAGAGCCCCUCGUCUGCAUCGGACCAGUAGCCACCGACCAGAUCCGCGAGUUUGUGCAGCACACCGCCGGCGAAAAGCGCAUCGGCGUCUACAGACUGCACUAAACGCCUCAGUCUCGUGGAGUACGCAGCCAAUCCAAUUUGAAACUUAUAGCUCGGUGAUAACGUUUAAUUUGCUGUCAUCAAUCUUAUAGUAAGAUGGGUGCAUCACGCAACGCACCCGUUGCGUACACCCAUCGCGCAUAGCACCCAUUGUAUGCUGGUGCGGUGUCCACCUGGGAACCAUUAUCUGUCUAUAAAGUUAAAACUACUUAAAGUUGGUGCGUUGAAAUUUCGAUAGCGUGAUUCUGAAGGAUUUGUUUCAAACGUAACAGCGACAUCCAGCGAUUGAUGUUGAAACUAAAAUAUGAAAUGUAACGAGAAGCGCUACUGAAAGUGUAAUAUUCAAUCUAGUUAGAAAUUGGUUUUAAAUUUAGUGAUUUUGAUAAAAAUUUGAAGUACAAAAACGUGGAGUUGAAGUUUCAUUUGGACUGGAUUUUUUUUUGGGUUGGGAAACUUCGGAAUAAUGAUUAUCUAAAAUAUAAUAAACAUGAACAAAAGGAAUUUGUAAGACAAAAAUCGUAAAAAAAACGCGGGAUCUAAUAAGGAAUGAAAGAGUCUUGUUAUUAUUUUCAUUUUAUAGGCUGGGACUUUUUAAUGCGUACUUCACGAUACGCAAAUUGUGAAUUUUAUGUUUAAAUUUUGAAGACAGAAAUAUUAAGAGUUGUCUGUAAUUUUGACCCGAUUUUCGAACGACUCUUAACGUUUUUUCGUAAUUUUGGAAAUAACGAGCAUUAACCAAGAAUACAAUAUUUGAAAUUCGAAACAACUUGAAAUUUUAUAAAUUAACCCUAUUUUAAUAAAGGGUUAUUUUAUAAUGAGCGUUAUUACAACUUUCGAUUGAUUAAAAACAAAUGAAAUAAAAGCUUUCGAAAAUGGCCGCCGAUUUAGCAUCUUUUUAUUUAUUUUCGAAGCUUAGAGAAAAAAUAAAUAAAAAGAGGUAGUGAGUGAGAUAUCAAAAUUAUUUUUCGUUUAUACAUGUGUAGAAUUAGAUUAAAUUAUUAAAUGUUUAAUAUUGUAUUCUUAUGAAUGUCAUAAUUGCGUCUUUAGAUUUCCAUGUUUAAAAUUACUGUUAAAUUUUAAAAUUAGAUUUAAAAUAAAAUUAAGUCUUCAACGAUUGAAACAUAUACAUAUCCUACUGGCUGAGGCAUUUAUAUGUAAUAGUACUAAUAUUGAUGUUAUAAUAUAAAAUACAUAUCAUAUAUCUAAAAUAAGCUGCUCUUUAGAGUAAAUGUAAAAUAAACAUUUUUUUCGCUUAUUUUUACUUAUACCUAACUUAAAUCAUACUAUGCUAGGUGCCUAGGUAUAUACAUAUCAAUAUUUGUUUUAAUAUGUAAUAAAAUUAGAUGAUAAUCACAUUUUAAAACAUAUCACGUUUUUUGAGUCCGUUAGUAGCCUAAGAGUACCUAUUAUAAAAUGGUGUCUAUUUUCAGAUAUUGUUAAAAUUAUAAAUGAACAAAUAUUUUUCUGCCAAACUUCUAGUUGCUGUUGAAGAUAUGAAAUAUCUUUUUUUCGACCAUUUUAUUUUUAUAAAAAAUAAUCUGGUUUGACUGGCCUAGUUAUUGCGUGACGCACCCAUCGUGCAUCGCACCCAUCGGUGGGUGCACCCAUUUUGCGUGGCACACCAUCGCUCGGUGCACCCAUUGCGUUUCGCACCCAUCGCGCAUAGCACCCAUUGCGUGCUCGUUGCAUAAGUAACUCAUUAAGAUACUCUGUUGAACUGUAUUUAUGAUAACUUGUGUAUUAAAUAUAUGAAUUAUGUGUUAAUUAUAUAAAUUAUGUCAG